GUGUUCACUUGGUGCCCGCGCUCACUCGCUCGCUCGCCUAAUAAUAGUGGUGGGUGUCGCCCCUCGUAUCAGUGUGUGCCGCAGAACAGCCUCUGGCCCUGCUCCGCCGCAAUCCGCUCGAGCUGGCCCGCCUGACGAGACCAUGCUGAUGAGGCCUCCCUCCGCUCCGGCUCGGCGAUGACACCGGAGGGAGAGUCGUCGGAUGCCACCAACGCCGGGAUAGUGCAGUCUGCGCCCCUGCGCCGCCUGCGCCACCCCCAGGAGGAGAGUCCAUUGUGGGGGUUGGUGUGCGGGGCGAUCGGGGGCUCGUUCGCCCUCGCACUCAGCCUGCCCCUGCUGGCCGCCUUCCUGUUGCUGCUGCCCUUCUCGUUGCUCCUGCGGGCCCUUCUGCUUCGCUGCUGGCCACCUUCCACCCUCGACCCUGACGACGAGGAGUCGCAGAAGAACUUCUACAGAGAUUUCGGCGAGCCCGAGCCUCUUCGCGGCAAUGACGAGCGGUGGCUGGGCGAAAUCUCUGGCAUCUCGUGCGUCAGCCACACGGUGCUGAUAUUCGACUCUGGACUUUCCGCUGUCCACCUGCAAGAACUGGUGAGCACACGCGUCCUGACGCGCUAUCCGCGCCUCUCAUGCCGACUUGUGCCAAAUCCUGGGCCGAAGAACGCGUCGCACAGCUGGCGCUCGGUAGACCCUUUAUUCAUAGAGCGGCAAAUUUUCGACGCACCGAACUGGACAGGCGGCUCAGAGGAGAAUCUACAGUCCUACGUGGAGGGUCUGCUGCACGUGCCGCUGGACCUGAGCAAGCCACCAUGGGAGAUGCACAUUUUGCCCAACUACGGGCGGCACGAGGACACGGCCGUCGUGCUGCGGGUGCACCAGUGUAUGGCCGACGGGAUGGCCCUGGUCAGGGUGCUGUGCCACGCCCUCUCCGACAACAGAAUGCUGCACGUACCCCAGAAGCCGCACUUCGGGGGUCUCACUUUUUCUGUGAACGCGGUCAGAGCUCUGCUGGUGGGCCCGGCUACCAUGUUCGCCUGGUUUCUUCUUGCCAGAAAGAUGCCCAGGCGCUCCGUGGUGGCCACUGUCACCUCAAGGACGCAGUCGUGGCCUCGAAUCACCAUUAGCGCAGCAGAGAAUGGUCCUUGUCCAGAGGAGCCCACGUCUCAGUUUAAAGUAAAAAGAUACUCGCUGUCGUGGUCGGCGGCCAUUGCUCUGCACAAAGUGGUGCGGAUAAAGCAUGUCACCAGGGCGACUGUGAACGAGGUGCUCUUGGCUGGAGUGGCUGGCGCGAUUCGUGCCUUACUUCAAGGGUGUGGCGUUCGACAUCCACCUGAUCUGAAGAUCUUGAUGCCAGUCGACUUACGCUCGGACGCGCUUUGUCCGGAGUCGCACCCGCACCUGGGAUCAAAACUGGCACCGGUUGUGAUGUCCCUGCCGUCUGGCAUCGAAGGCUCUAUUCCCCGUUUGUGGGCAGCAAGGAAAAUAAUGGCCGACUUGAAAACGUCAGCGGCACCCGCCAUCAGCUAUUUGGGCUCAGCUGCGCUCAUGAAAGUGCUUCCAUCGCAGUGGGCUCGGAAGGUUUUGAGCGAGGUUCAGAAUAACACUUCUCUGCAGUUUUCCUCGCUUCCCGGCCCACCAGCGACUGUUUUGGUCGGCGGUCACCCACUGAAAGCUGUCUACACGAUUUUACCUGCGCCCUCGUACUCAGGUUUAGCAAUAUCGGUGUUCACGUACGCAGACCAAGUCUACGUGACCGCGCUCUCUGAAAUGGGCUGCCAAAUUUUAACCAAAGAACUGCUCCAGAAUCUCAACCACGAGAUUGAAUGCAUGUGGAAUCUACUGCUGUACCGGAGGGCGCCCGGCGAGGGCCGACCGGCCAAUUUAGUGUUUAAAAUGAGCGACGCCACCUCGCCUGUUGAAGAACUGCAAGCAAGACUACAUGAGGUUCAAGGCGAGGUGGCGACUGUGAGCAAUACUUUGAGAAACAAGAGUGAUUGUCAAAACGACGACUCGCCGGUGGCGGACGAAAAGGGAGAGGAACUGACCGACAAACUGGACAAACUUAAGUCUGAAUUUACCCAGCUGCUGCAGGAAGUGAGACGCAGGAAGUCUCUACUGGGUGAUCCGGGAUCUGCACCGUGUUUUGAGGAUGAAGAAAUUGGUGGCGAGCUGUGGAGACCAAGAAGACGUUCGGCGAUUUCUUUCGGCAGCAUCCCUGGCUUGCUCGGCGUGCCAAACUCAAGGCCGUUGUCGUCGGCCAGCCCUGACACUAGUCCUCCCACUAGCCCAGAACUACCACGCUGGGAAAAAGCUCUGUGAUCUUUUCCAAACCCACCUUCUACGAUAUUAUUUGUCAAGAGUCCCACUAAGGGAAACAAUAAUUUUAAGAGUGAGGUGCUACCUACAUUAAAUUUAAGCAAUAUUCCCUUUUUCGUUUUUUACUGGUAUGUGAGGCGUAAAUUAAGAAUUGAGUGAUUCAAAGUGAACCAAGUUGACUAGGCUUGUGAUAAAAUAUGAAUGUUACUCAUACAUAUAUGAUGAUGGAUUUUUUUAUACAAAGUAAGUAGUAGUUUACAAUUUUGAAAACUUCUUAAAAUGGUUACAAAAGCACCACAAUUUGAAAUAUUUAAUUAAUUAUUGAAUAAUACGCAACAUUCCAUUUCCUAAUAUUCUAGCAAGGAAAACUCAGGAUUCAACCUUUUAGAUUUUUGCGAAAAUUUGAAUUUGUAUAGCCUUUUCUGAUGUGUAUCUAUUACAGCGUUGGAAAUUUUCAAAUCAAUGAAUGCAGACAUCAAGUAAAUAAUCCAAAACUACAAAAUUGAUUAACAUUUUUGACUUUCUGGAAAAAAUAAAAAUUUCCUUUUUACAAGAAUUAGUUCCGGGAUUUGUAAGUUUUUAAUGGUUAAUCAUAAAGCAAAAACCUUAAAAUAUUCUGAAAGUUGAUACAAUUUCCUAAUUUUACUUGUUGACAAAAAUCUUAUUACUCCAUUACAACCGUCGAAAUUUCAAUUUUAAAUUUGAAAAUGUUAAAAAUAGGUGAAUUUAAAAUAAAUUUAUUUCAAAGUGAAAAAAAUUGUUCUGCAUGACUUUGUCGUUAGCUCAGAAAUCAUUAAAACAUUAUCUUGAACUGUUAUUUAACCCUUAGCCACUUUCUUGACAAAAUGUAGGGAAUAUCCCAGAAAAUUUUCCUGGGUGAUAUUAAAUUUGUUCACUCGUUGGAUACUACACGGUUUCAAUAAUUUUGCCAAAAAACUAAAACGUCGAAUCCUACGAGUUUCUUUGUACAAACGUUAAUGCUAUUCAAUGUUUUAAUCUGGUUUAAAACAUCCUCACCAUCAAAAUUAUACAUGUUAUCUUUUUGGAAGUCAUAUACUUCUCAUGUGUCCAUCUUUUGACUUUGCAAAAUUCGCAAAAUUGAAAUUUUGUUUAGUAAAAUCACUCCUUCCCACUAACAAAGUACUAGGCAUAUGCUCAAAGAUUUACAAGAAAUUCGAAGCCGUUUGUGGCGUCGAAUGAGAAUUACAGUCAGUCGAUUUAUACAAAAUAAGUUGUGUAGCAAAUCAUCCCGGUUUUUAACUGUACAACUCAUACACACGUGUAUAGCUGUAAUUUAUCCAACUUAAUGAAUGAUACGAUAGGCAUGCGUUAAAAGUUUCCAUAUAUAAUGCAUUUUCACAAUAAUUUAUCCCUCAAAUUUUGGAAUCUUGUUACAGCACAAAUACAUAUGACACGAUGUUUCGGAAAUUGGAUCACUUGACAUUCUUGCAUAUUAUUUAAGUGUAAUAUCCAGUGCCUUUAGAAUUAUACUAUUCUCUGACAUAACCAUCGAACAUUAAAAUAAAAAUGUGAAAGUUUGCAUUAAAACUCAAAAAAAUCAAUAAAUCGA